AUGCUUACAAAUGAUGAUGAACCAAUGCCAACUGCAGUGCGUCAACGAAGACUUCUGUUAAUUGACAUGCUGACAGCAUCAUUACGUUCACCGGAACAUUACUCAAGUAGUAUCUAUGGACCACGUUUACCAGGUGCUUAUGGUUGGAUAACAUCACCUGUCAUCGUUGGCUAUCAUGGUAAUAAUAUUAUAUCACAUAGUCGAGUACCAAGUAGCGAUAACAAUGCACCAACGGUAAUUUAUGCACGUAAUCGGUUACGACCAGUGAUACAGGUGAUACGAGUCCAGCCAGGUAAUGUACCAUUUAGUGAUUCUGAUAACGAUGAACCAAAACGAGCUGUUGUUUAA